UUUAAAUAUAAAUAGCAAUUGUAUAGCUAUAAAAUAGCUGGGUUUUAGGUUUUUGUUAAAUAUACAUGUAAAGUAGCAUAUAUAUACCAGUGUAUUUUGAUAUAAUAUACAUAUAAAAUUAAUUUUUUUUUCUAGUGUAUCACUAUUUAUAAAAUAGCCGCCCGCUAUUUAUCGCUAUUCGCUAUGUAACAUAUAGGUACCUUAUUGCUAUUUGUCGCUAUUCGCCAUUAACAACUAUGCAUAUAGGUUACGUAUAUAAAAGUAUCAUAUAUAGACUAUAGAGCUUAUUGAUAUCAGUGUUUUGGGUACGUGCCAUAGAAGCGUAUGCGAAAUGCAAGGAAAUUUAUAUAAAUACCUUGUGCGAAUAUAUGAAGCGGUGCGCUUUAGCGCCUCGGCUAGGGACUCAAUCGCCCCGGUGCUCCUCUCAUUUUUCAAAACCAGGUAAGCAAUAGUUAAGGUUCAUUUUGUCAUGAACUAAUUUUUUUUUUGAAUAAAUCUGUAGGUGUCUUGGUUUUAAAAAACGAGAAAGGCACAAAAGCGAUGGGGUCUAAAACCGAGGCGCGAAAUGUACAACCUAAAAAGCACGUUGUAUCACAAUCUAUUGCACAAAAAUGAUGGAAAUACAUGAGGCACGCUCCUCAGAGUCAACUUUUUGCCAAAAGAAACGCACCUCAUGUGCGCUUCUUGUAAAACUCGUGCCUCGUGUAGGCUGAUGGCGCCUCGCGCCUAGGCGCACCUUAGGCGCGAGGUAGGUGUAGUUUUUGUAUAAGAUUAUUGUUGUUAUAAACAAUAAAUUUGGUCUUUAAUUUUCUUCAUUUAUGAUUUAUGAGGAAAAGUUCAAGACAAGUUUGUUGAAAAGGGGCCGUAUCCUAUGCCUGAUAUCCGCGUAUUUACUUUCACAAUUUCUAUAUAAUGGUUGGUGUUGAGGCCUUAAAGGUAUAGAAUACAAAACCCUAGAAAGCAAGAGCGCCGACCGACGUCUUCAUCGAUACGCUGUUCUUCACUAGCUUGAUUUCAUUGGUCUGCAGUCUGCUCAUAAUUCGUUUUUUUUGAAACUCUCAAUCAACACAGAUGGAUAAGAAAAUUGCGAAGAAUCAGGAUUCAAAGAAGGUACCCGUGGGUCCUAAAGGCCAGCCAUCAAGAAGGAACAAGAGAAAAGGGGCAAACCCUAAGCGAAUCCCACAAAACACAGAUUCUAGAUUCUCAGGUACAUUGAUUUGCAGUAACUCCGCGUGUGGGGCUGUGCGUUGCGUUUUUUAUCCCUUCUGUAAGAGGUGUUCAUGCUACAUUUGCCAUUUAUUUGAUAACAACAAAGAUCCUAGUCUUUGGUUGGAAUGCGCAUCUGAUUCUCCAUCAGACUCAUGUGGGUCAUCUUGCCACGUUGAGUGUGCCUUCCGACGAGGAAGGGUCGGUGUAGUUGAUCAUGGCCAAGGGAUGCGGCUCGAUGGGGGUUACUGUUGCGCGUCAUGUGGUAGACGCUCAGGGAUACUUGGGUAUUGGAAGAGGCAACUGACCAUUGCAAAGGAGUCCCGCAGUGUCGAUAUCCUAUGCCAUAGGAUAUAUUUGUGUUUUAGGCUUCUAAAUGGCACAUCCAGGUUUAAAAACCUACAUCAAUUUGUUAUAGAAGCAAAAAAUAAAUUAGAGGCGGAAGUGGGCCCACUGGAUGGGGUCCAUGGCAAGGUGGCACCAUUUAUUGUAAGCAAACUCUCUGUCGCAGGAGAAGUGCAAGCAUUGUGUAAUGCUGCACUCCAAAAGGCAGACGAAUUUUCUGCCACACGUUCUAGUCCCCUGGGUGGUAAAGAAGGCUCCGUUCUUCAAAAGGAAGGAACAUCUGGUGCCAAUGAUGCUGAACCAGACUCCAUGCUUAAAGUCCGAGACUCUGGCAAACUGCCACAGCUAACUUGGGUUGAAGAACAAGGAGGCUUGGAUGAUAUGUCAGGUCCAGAAUUGAGUGGGCUUGGUCAUAUGGUCAGGCCCGACACUUCGAAAGCUGACGGGUCACCAUCUACGUCAAAUGGGCUGGACAGGAAUAUCGUCAUAGUUCUUGAUACAGAUGACGAAGCUGCUCCAAAUGAUAUCCCUAGGGAUGACGCAGAAAAAUCGGCCCAACAUGGGCCCAAUGUGGAAGUGGCAGCUGUUAACCCCCAGGCCGGGAUGACAAGAAAGAGGCCAGCUAAUACAGAGGCCCAUGAUUCUGAUAACCUGGAGCAGAAGUAUGAAUAUUUUGUGCUGUUCCGAAAGCUUGAGCGUGAAGGGCACAUCACAAAAGAAUUUAGACAGAAACUGUUCACGUGGUUUAGUCUGAGUUCAACCGAGCAUGAACGAAGAGUGAUCAAUGCUUUCAUCCGAACACUCGGGGAUGACCUUCAAAGCUUAGGAGAACAGUUGGUUGACUCCUUUGGGGAUAUAGUGAACAGCAAAAGGCCCAAAACUUAAUUCUGCCGUCAGCUUUGGCACUAAACAAGAGGGACUAAAAUGUCACCGGCGGGCUUCUUGUGGGAAGAAGGGCAUCCAUCCGUAUAUGGAUGUUGAGUUAUGGGCUUGGGUUGGGUGGGUGUUGCAGUUGAGAGAGAGAUGAAGAAGGGUAUCAGUGAUGGAAAUUUGACAGUCGAAGAUGGUUUCUGAUCGACGAGAGAGAGAGAGAGAGCAAGAUGAGUUGGAUAUGUUUUUAAAACUUUUUAUUUUUUUAGUGCUAUUUGGUAAAAAGACUGAAAUACCAUUUCAUGUGUUUGUCAAGCACAUGGCUAGAGUUUACUGAGAAAUUGUAUGGAGUUGAUGUGAAGGAUGAAGAGUGUAGCAAAAACUAUUACAGGGAGUGAAUGUAAUCUUUUUUUAAGAGACAUUCUCUAAUUUGGAGCUAAAUAAAGGACAAAAUUGCAUUUUAGUA